GGCCCCGCUCACCCACACACCCGCUCGCCAGCAAUCACGAUGCAGCUUGAGCCACCUGUUGCCUGUGCCUGAGCGAGAUGGCGCCUGAGCACGCCCCGCCUCCACCUCACGCCACUCCUUCCCCUACCACCACCACCGCUCGCCCACCCUGUCCCUGCGUCUCUCACCCACGCAGGUCCUCCUUCUCGCCCUCACGCUUAUGCUCGCACGUCUCUUUGCCUCGCUCCGCUCUUCCGCACCCAGCGCUCCGCUGCUCCCGCCUACCCAGCCCACCACCUCGUUCGCACAGCAGGCGCGCAGCAUGGCCUCGUCGGCGUCCGACAAGCCGCAGUUCGGCACGUUUGCCAACGGCUGCUUCUGGGGCACCGAGCACAUCUUCCGCGAGCACUACGCCGGCGGCAAGGGUCUGCUCGACGCCAAGGUCGGCUUCAUCGGCGGCAAGGAGUCGUCGAAGAACCCCUCGUACGAGGAGGUGUGCACGGGUCGCACAGGCCACGCCGAGGCGGCGCAGGUCAAGUUCGACCCGAGCAAGGUGUCCUACGCCGAGCUCGUCGAGUUCUUCUACCGCACCCACGACCCCACCCAGCUCAACGCCCAGGGCAACGACCGCGGCACGCAGUACCGUAGCGCCAUCUUUGCCCACGACGCAGAGCAGCUCGAGACCGCAAAGAAGGUCACGGCCGAGGUGCAGGAGAAGCACUUUACGCCCAAGGGCAAGAAGAUCGUGACGCAGAUCGAGCAGCGCGAGGCGGGCGACUUCUUUGAGGCAGACUCGUACCACCAGGAGUACCUGUACAAGCACCCGAACGGCUACCAGUGCGCCAACCACCGGCUUUGUGAGUUCGCGCAGGCAGGGCGCGGCAGACCAAUGCCCGAUGCUAGUCCUCUGAGCCACUCUGACACUCCAUGUCUUGCUUUGCAGGGUGGUGAUCUGCCCCCACUCGUCUCUGCACCUUGACUCCGGACGAAUGCAUCUCUGCCGCACCCUCAGAGGCGUGACUUGUGAUCGCUCCUCUACAGAUGACGCUGGUAAUCGUAUGUAUCAUUCGCUCGUGGUGGAGACUGGAGGCGAGGGGGAGUCGUUUAUGUACAGCUGCGAGCGGAGUGCGGACGGAGACUGGAGGCGGAAGAGGUCUUGAGGAGGCGGGAAAGUCCGGAAGAGAGAGAGGUGGUUCGGCGGAGCCGGGCGUCGAUGCGAGCACACCGCUCGUGCGACCCGCAAGCGGGCGCGACGGGCGCUUACUCGCCGCCGCCACCGUCAUCGCCGCCGGCAUCCAUGCCGUCCUGGUAGCCGUCGCCGUAGUCGUUGUCGCCCAUGGCGUUGCCGAGCAGCAUGCCGCCCAUCACUGCGA